UUGCACAGGGAGAGGACCGCAUCCGGAAUAGCAGUGAGCUGCCUUAAACAGCCAAAUAUUUAUUCGGACAUUAUCAAUAUUGCUUGGUAUUUAGAUCAAAGAGAAGGUCAACGCAAAGGAAUGUUUGGAACUGGUUUUGUCACCUCAAUUGGAAAUUAGAGUCUAUAAUCGGGAGGACAGACGUUUUGCGAGAGGCUGUAGACAGACAUCGCCGGAGAAAGUGUAUGCCAAAGGAUUUAAUAGCAUCUCUUAUUUCUCACAACUGCAUUGUUUCAAAGUAUUGGAAUCUGCACGGUUACUCUGUGCUACAGACAACGUUGAAACAUUUUGUUUAGUGGACAAAUUCAGAUUGAUUAGACUAAAUAGGGGAACCACUUUGACCUAUAUGCGUAAUUGCUUUGGGGAACCAUUCGCAUCCAUCAAUUCUUUUGGAUUGAGAAUUUCGUUUUGUGACAAAUCUUUUUGUAAAUAUUCACGGGGAAACGAGGAGAAGAAAUGACACGAUAGCGGAUCAUUUUACAGGCUAGUUUCGGAGGGCGAAAGGUUGAGUAUGAUAUGCGUUAGGUGAGAGCACAGUUUAACGGGAGAGACUGACACGCAACACUCCUGAAUUUGUCAACCUGUUAUUUCACAGGCUUUGAAUUCACGGUCAUUCAGCCCAGGAAACGAAACGCAUCAGUUACAAUAAUAUUGUUCAUUGACGGAAAGAGCAAAUCAUUUAACCAUUGGGUUUUUUCAGUUUGGAAUCUGAUUCACUGUCUGAAAAUGUGCAUGAUACUGAAAGGGGGAGAAUAAACUGUAUUGCUGUUGAUCAACAGCGGGUGGUUUUUGGAUUUUGGAGAGCGGAAUGAAACCUAUCUGAUUUAUCUCUGGACCGCAACGUUCUGAAGCAGACUACUCAUCGCCAGCUAACCUGCAUGGAAUUCUAAUCUGCACUACGAAACAAUUUAUGGUUGGCCUUGGCAGUCCCCCAGUUGUAGUUGUCCGCCCACCCCCCCGCCAUGCUGGCCUGCCUGCAGAGGAGGCAGAACCCUCCAAUCCCAUCCUCCCAGCACCCCUUGUGCGCCAGCAAGGCCCUGGAGCCGCCUCAAGCCCUCAGCCGAAAAUGUGAGCUGGUGGUUCCCAUGCAUUCUCCCCGCUACCCCAGUGUGGCUGAGCUGGAUGCCUACGCCCAGAAAAUGCAGAGCAGCCCGCUGUCCAUCAAGAUCUUCCCCACCAACAUCAGGGUCCCCCAGCACAAGCACCUUAACCGGACUGUGAAUGGCUUCGACACCACAGGUAGCCAGCGCUAUAGCCCCUACCCACACCUCCACACCGGCGGCUACACAGGCCUCCUGGCCAUUGUCAAUGCCUCCUCAUCCUCCUCCUUCAUCCCCACUAAGGGCAUCAUCAAGAACUCGGAAGGCAGACGGACUAAGCUCUCCCCAGCCCAAAUAGCUGUGGCCCCGUACCCGCCCCCUAGCAGUAGCACUUUAGCCAAUGGCCACGGCCAGAUGGUGUACCACGCGGGGUCCUCGAAGCCCCCUGAAGCACCUGCCCUCUCCCGCUCGGUGCCCCCUAACGUCACUGUGGCCGGCUCUAUGAUCCCCGUGACAGGGGGGCGAGGCCUGGCCCAGCCCCUCUCCCAGUCCAAUCUUCCCUCCAUCCAGAGCAUCAUCUAUCAGAUAAACCAACACUGCCAGGCCCAGGCUCUGCAGCAGGUGUGCCAGGGGGCCACCUCCUCCACCGCACCUUCCACCAACCCCAGCCCCUCCAAGAAGUGCGGGGGUGUCAUGGGCAUCUCCUCUGGCUCCUCGGGGGGUGGCUAUGUGGGCAGCAUUGCGCCCCAGCCUAACCUGGUGUACACAGGAGCGGGGCUGCCGCUGGCGGCCCACAGUGGCGAGGCCAUGAAGGCUGGGGUGUACUCAGACAGUAUGGACUACAUCCUGUGGCAGAAACAACAGCAACAACAAGCUGUGCUUCGCAUGUACAGUGGGGGCAGCGGGGGAGGAGGGGCCAUCAGUAAGUCCCCUGAAAGCUGUGGUGCCCCGGGGGGAGGGGGGAUUAUGGCCAAGGCCCAGGUGUUGUCGUCGUCGUCCUCCUCCUCCUCCAGACCCUACCACCUGACGGGGGGCAUUGGCAGCGGGGGGUGCCUGGACAAGGUCAGCUCCUCCCCUCUGAACUGCAUGGGGAUGCAUGGCAACUUCUCUGUGGGCCAAUACUUUGCCCCGCCCUGGAACAGCGUGCUGGUCACCCCUGACAGUGACUGUUACAACCCCCACCAGGAGCUCCUGAGGACCACCACAGGAGGACCAGCUACAGGGGGCCACAGGGAGAUGGGCUACCACCACCACCCCCACCACCAUCACCACUACCCCGCCAUGGACAGCGGGAGUGGGGGAGGCCUGUGCUGCAGCCUGCCCAGUAAGAGCCAGCUGUGCAACACAUCGGUGCUGAGCAGCAGCCUGCAGUCUCUGGAGUACCUGGUCAACGACAUCCACCCGCCCUGCAUUAAAGAGCAGAUGCUGGGCAAAGGCUACGAGACUGUGUCGGUGCCACGGCUGUUGGACCACCAGCAUGCCCACAUCCGCCUCCCGGUUUACAGAUAGAACGGGAAUGAGAGCGUGAGUGCCAGAGCUCAAGAAUUAAUGAAUGAAGCGAAAUCUGGAUUAAAGGUGAGGGACAGAAGAUCUUGAUUUCCUGGGGAUGUACAAGUCUGUUGAGACUGGCACUGCUUGAAGCAGGGAGGGGCUCCAGGGAGGGAGGUGAUGGCGUUAAACUGGAUCCUGUGUUGGAUGACAUGCUGGGGGGGGUAAA